AUGUUCGGUCUAGGCAGUUCCUUCAAUAACCAAAGGCCUGCCACUGCUGGCAAACCCUUUGCAGAGCCUUCACAGUCUUAUAGUGAGAGGCGAAAAGGAAAGCUCAAUCCCAGUAGCAACGGAUUUCUCUGCAGCAUCCCACAAGACCAGUUUCGACAAGAGAAUGAUAUUGUCCAGAUCCUCACUGAGGCUGUCACUUCCUACAUGUCCUUGAAUUCUAUUCGCAUGCACGGCGGUGCCAAGAGGCAAGCAUGUACCAUUCCCGAAUAG